AUGGAUCCUCUUCACCAAAGAAUUCCAUUCACUAAGGCUCCAUCCACCUUGGAACGAUCCCCUUUAAACGUACCCAGCUCCAAUACCCCGCUUUCAAACACCAUUUCCUGGCAUGAACUCAAAGACUGGCAAAGAGACAAUGAGUACAUCCUUACUGGCUAUAGAAGAGCUCAACUCCAUUGGAAGGGCUGCUUUACCUCUGUUUGGGCAUAUCUUCAUAACGAAACAAUUAAUAUUCACUCUCAUUUAUGGGGAUCUGCGCUGUUCAUCUACUUCCUAACGACCUUUUACCCUGCGUACGUUCAACACCACGAAGAGGCAACAUGGAAAGAUAUAGCUAUCAUUGUCAUAUUUCUACUUUCCGCUGUAUUUUGCCUCACGGCAAGCGCCUUUUAUCAUGCUGCAAGCUGUCACUCUAAAGAGGUCUCAUCCCGUUGCCAUGCAUUAGACUACUCCGGAAUCGUAGUAUUGAUUGUGGGGUCGUUUUACCCGUCCAUCUACUAUGGCUUCUUCUGUGACCUGCGCUUGAAAGCAUUCUACUUGACCUCCAUCACUUUUGUGGGCGUUUGCGCAGCCUACAUUGUCCUAAACCCAGAAUAUGCGAAGCCAAGUCAUCGCGGGGCUCGCACGGCAGUCUUCAUUGGUCUAGGAUUGUGCGCUGUAAUUCCCGUCACCCAUCUGUCCCUAACACAUGGUUUCAACGAGCUGAUCUCCAGUAUGGGUUUCGGUUGGCUGCUGGCCUCAGGUGCGCUCUACAUAGGCGGCGCCUUACUCUAUGCAAACCGCAUCCCUGAAAAACUGGCACCUGGGAGUUUCGAUUAUUUCUUAGCUUCGCAUCAAAUAUUCCACGUUUGCGUUGUCCUAGCGGCGUGGGCGCACUACCGGGGGUUGCUGACGUGCCUCCAUUACCGAAUGUCGCAUGCCUCCUGCCUGUAA